AUGAUUUAUAUAGGGCCUCCAAUCUCAAGUACGAGUUGCGAUUUUGAGAAAGAUAAUUGUCAAUGGAUUGAUCUGGUUGGUAUGAGUGCAUUUUUUUGGCGUCGAAAUCAAACACAAAUGCCAACAAGUAAAUUUAGUCCAAUCGCAGAUCAUAUAUAUCAGAAUGAGUGUGAUAUAAUAAUUCCCGUACUUUGGUAUUUAAUAAUCCUAUCCGUUCUUGAAGACAGGGGAUUUUUCUUACUUAUACAAAAUUUGGAUUAUAAAAUAUCGGGGGAAGUUGCAGAAAUUCUGAGUCCUCCCUUAUUUCUGCCUUUACGUAUUAACAAUGCUAUUAUAAAAUUCUAUUUUAGCAUGUAUGGACCAGGGGUAGGCAGCUUGUUAGUUUAUGCAAUUUAUCCUAGAUAUGAUAAAGAUCUUCCACGUCAUCUACUAUGGGAGAGGACAGGUAGCAUCCAUGAUCAAAAUUGGCAUAAGAAAACAAUUUCUUUUACUCCUAAGUAUUGGGAAUAUCAGAUUGUAAUACGCGGUACCAUAGGUAUUUCAUUGCAUGGCAGUAUUGGCUUGGACGACCUUACAGUCCAUCCUGAAGAGUUACAUUGCUUUACUGAUCGUGGCCAAUAUUAUAGCGGAACAUCAUCUUUUACGGCUAAUCGAACAAUGUGCAAAUAUUGGAAUGACACCAUGAUUUACAAUAAGUUAUUUAAAGAAAGAGAGAAUAAUGAUGAAAGUUUACAAAAUAACUAUUGCCGAAAUCCUGAACUUUUGCAUGCUAGACCAUGGUGCUAUAUCGACAGUUCUACGUUGCAAUGGGGUUAUUGCAACAUUUCUUCUUGCAAUAAUCCUUCAAAUUUUAAUACGAUGACUAGUAUCAGGAAAGGUGGAAUGUUGGUUAGAUUGAUUGAAAGAUUUAAUUUUGCUCGAGUUGUUGUGUAUCAUGAAGGUCAAUGGAGAGCUAUUUGUAGUGAACUUUUCGACAUUCCAGCAGCUUCGGUGAUUUGUCGUCAAUCAGGUUUACCUACGCCGGGCUAUCCACGAGAAUUUAAUAGCAAUAUUGGUAGUCCAUGCUUACGAAAUUUUCGUUGUACCGGAUUAGAAGGCAACUUUUCUCAAUGCACAACUUUUGAUCGUGACGGAACGCCUUAUGAAUAUUCUCGAUAUCAAACUGGUGUUAUAUGUGGAACUGAAAAAAAAUUCGAAAUGGCAUAUGAUUUUUCAGAAGUUCCAUUGACAUCAACUUCUUGCGAUUUUGAGUAUGGAUUUUGUGGCUGGCAUCAUGUUUUCGGAACCAACUCCACGAUGUGGUACCGUAAUAAAAUAGAAGGAAAAUACCAUGAUUACCAAUCUGGUACAAUGAAGUCUCAGAAUGAUGGGCAUGGCUGGCGCUUAGUAAAUGGCCGGAAAAACACUAGUGAUACUAGAGGUUUAGCUGAGAUAAGUAGUCCUUCUAUGAUUCUACCUACAGAAGCACAAGCAGUCUUCUUAGAAUUUUAUCUAAAGAGAUUUGGAUCUGGAACUCGUACUUUGAGAGUUUUUGUAGUUUAUCCGCGAUACGAUUCUAGCCUUAGCUAUCAUUCGCUACUGAUUGAUGGAACGUUGUACAAGAACUGGUACAAAGUGACUAAAGUCUUUCAACCACAAUUUCCGGGUUACCAGAUUAUUAUUCGAUCUGAAGAUUUCGGAAUCGCUAUUGAUGAUAUUUUCAUAUACCCCUUAGGUAUGGAAGUAUUACAUCAAUGUAACUUUUAA